GAACUGGGAAGGUGAAAUUCGUGAAAUCUCUUCCGCCGUCCUGCCUGGAUCAAAGAAAUAUAUAUAAACAGGUACAUUCCUGUAUUUCUGAACUGAGGGAGGGCUAGCAAGAGAGAGAAACUAAGAGAGAUAGAGGGAGAGAGAGACAGAGACAGAGAGAGAGGGUGGGUUUCAUGUAUUGAACGGGUUGACCCAUUUUGCACAACCAUCAUGGCCGUCGCAGCACCAUCCCUGACCUCCGCCUCCUCCUCCAUCGCCGGAGAUAAUAGGAAGCACUGGUGGGUCACCAACAAGAAGAUUGUAGACAAGUAUUUGAAGGAUGCCAAAGUUCUGCUGGGAACUAGGCAAGACCAAUCCGAGAUCCUCUCGGCUCUCAACCUUCUGGACGCUGCUUUGGAACUCUCCCCUCGUCUCGACCUAGCCCUCCACUUGAAGGCUAGGUCUUUGCUUUAUCUCCGCCGUUUCAGGGACGUCGCCGAUAUGCUUCAGGACUACAUUCCCAGCCUCAAGAUGCUCUCCGACGACUCCUCUUCCGAUAACUCCUCCUCCUCCUCCUCCGCCCACUUAUCCAGAGAGCGGGUCAAGCUUCUAUCAUCCGACCGGCAGGACCAAGAGCCUACCUUUAAAUGCUUUUCCGUCUCCGAUUUGAAGAAGAAGGUCAUGGCUGGCCUCACUAAAAACUGCGAAAAGGAAGGCCAGUGGAGGUACUUGGUGUUGGGUCAAGCAUGUUGCCAUUUGGGCCUAAUGGAGGACGCCAUGGUUCUCCUCCAGACUUGGAAGCGCCUGGCUACUGCAGCUUUCCGCCGUCAGAGUAUCUGUUGGUCCGACGAUAGUUUUUUCUUUCGCGAAUUCCCAACCUCAGCUGACCUUCCCGCUCCCAUUAACCAGCCGGCUACGCCUCCCAAGACCGAGUCUGAGAGCAUUUCCCAUCUCCUUAGCCAUAUCAAACUCCUCCUCCGCCGCAAGACGGCCGCCAUUGCAGCCCUUGACGCUGGGCUUUACUCUGAAGCCAUCCGGCAUUUCUCCAAGAUCGUUGAUGGGCGUCGUGGGGCCCCACAGGCCUUCCUUGCUGAAUGCUACAUGCACCGAGCCUCAGCUUAUCGAUCUGCAGGUAGAAUUGCCGAGGCAAUUGCAGACUGCAAUAAAACUCUGGCGUUGGAGCCCUCUUGCAUUGAAGCAUUGACCACUCGAGCUGCUCUUUUUGAAACCAUUCGAUGCCUCCCUGAUUCCCUUCACGAUCUGGAGCAUCUUAAACUCCUGUACAAUUCCAUUUUACGGGACAGAAAGCUGCCCGGACCUGCAUGGAAACGUCAGAAUGUGCAAUAUAGAGAAAUCCCAGGGAAGUUGUGUUCACUGGCAACUAAAAUGCAGGAGUUGAAGCAGGGGGUUGCCUCGGGAGAGACGGGGAAUGUAGAUUAUUACGCUCUGAUUGGUUUGAGGCGGGGUUGCUCCAGAUCAGAGUUGGAGAGAGCCCAUUUGCUUCUCACCCUUAGACACAAGCCUGAUAAGUCUUCCAGUUUCAUUGACAGAUGUGAGUUUGGGGACGAGCGUGACAUGGAAUCUAUUCGGGAUAGAGCAAGAAUAUCGGCAUUGUUAUUGUAUAGAUUGAUUCAGAAGGGGUAUACCAGCGUAAUGACAGCAAUUAUGGAUGAAGAGGCAUCGGAGAAGCAGCGGAAGAAGGCUGCUGCUGCAUUGCAAGCUGCACAAUCAUUGCAGCUUCAACAAGCUCGUGAACAGUCCAAGAUUGUUGAAACGUUCAACUCUGCGUCAACUGCCAAGGAGGUGUGUAAUGGUGAUAACGGUAGUAGGCUCGAGAGUAAGGGUGGUUCAAAUGCGGCAGCAUCUUGUUCGGCAUUUCAAGGAGUAUUCUGCAGGGACCUUGCUGUUGUUGGGAAUUUGCUUUCUCAAGUGGGAUUUAAUCGUCCAAUUCCAGUGAAAUACGAGGCUUUAAGCUGUUGAAGGUAAUUGAACGAAUGAAUGAUUGAUGAUGAUUUAUGAGGCGUUAUCAGGAACAACCGUGGAUCUUGAGAAUCAGGUGAGCAUGAUUGAAACAGGAAUAAGAUUUUAUCAGUAGACCGGCGGGGGGAGAAUCUGAUUACGGACGAUCAACUAGUAUCACGUAGCAUGUUUGUACAAAGGGAAAAUUUAGUCACCGUCAAAGACUGCCGGGGAAAUUUUUGUUACCUACCUUCUCUUUCCUUUCCCAUCUUUUAGUUUUUACUACAAUGUACCUGUACAGAGUUAAAUUCAGUCUUUCCCAUUAUUUACUUCUGAAUAUUUGUUAGGAGCU